UCUCUUUUCUAACCCUAAGAGGUUGUCCAUUUCCUAUAAGUAGCGGGUGCUGGUCCUUUCGUUCCCAUCCAGAAACAAUGGCAUCCUCUAAGAGAAGUGCCAACCUUCUCUCCACCCUUCUCCUGCUCUGCUUGCUGCUACUCGCCUUCGGGAGGGUAGCAGAAGUGGAGGCGAGGAUGUGUGCAUCGCCGAGCCAGAAAUUCCGUGGCGCGUGCUUGAGCGACAGGAACUGCGCUUCCGUCUGCUCCUCUGAAGGUUUCCCUUCUGGCGAUUGCCACGGCGUGCUGAGGCGAUGCAUGUGCCUCAAGCCCUGCCCUGCUGAAAACUAGCCGUGAUGAUCAUGCAUUACCCGUAUGUGCUCUCUUGGAGUCCUGCUAGCUGCCUUGUUGCUGCUUAGUUUCCCUUCCGCCUUUCGUCUUUGUCGAUGAAUAAGAAAAUGGGAGCUGUCUUCUGAAGCUCUCUUUGCAUCUUUUGUAUGGGUAACUAAAGUUGCUGUUCUCUGUAUCCUCUGUCUAAUUAAUAACAUUCUUGAGUUGUACCAA